AAAAUAAAUUUGUAAAGCCGGUGAAGGAAAAAAAAACAGCAAAGUAAAUUUUGAUACGAAAUAAAACAAUUUUUUUCGUUAUCAAAAUUUCAUCGGAACUGGAUAUAACAAAUAACUUGGAAUUAUGUUGUGUUAUAUUAAAAAAUCUACAAUAAAAUUAUGCGAAGGUGAGCAGAGAACUGAUCAUAGUGAACUAGUGGAAAAUUUCAAAUUUAUAGAAUCAGUGUUAGAGCUUAGUCAAGUUUACAAAAUUGUGGACAAUAGAGACCAGGAAUUUAUGUGAAUAUAGAACAACUGUAAAAUUGUGAAAAAAAGAGACUAAAUUAAAAAAUAUUAUUACAAAAAUUAUAAAAGUGAACAGAGACUGUAUAAAUAAUAAAUAAAAUAUAAAAAAAGGCAAAGACUGUAAAAAUUAUAAGUGAAAAACAUUAAAAAAAUCGUGAAUUUUUAAAAUAAAAUUUCAACAACUGUCAAAAAAAAAUUAAAUCGUUGCUUAAAUGAAAAAAUAUUUCUUAAACAAAAUGUCAACCGGUAAGCGUUUGGCCAAAAGGUCCAUCAUAGGUAUGCGAGUAUGUGCUCUCUCGCCAGACGAUGGCCUUUUUUAUCCAGGUCGCAUUCAUGCCGUUAAAACACCAGAUUCACCACGAGACAAUCAAAAUUGCAUCAAUCUCACACCAAACACACGCUAUUCAGUUCGAUUUGAUCCAAAUCCUGUCUUUAUACCAACUAGGCGUGCAUUGUACGAGUUCAGCUCAUCAGAAUUGAUUGGUGAUGGCUUCGGCAAUAUAACUGAUGUUAAACUUAAGCCGGGUCAAAAGGUUUAUAUCACAAAUAAUGGACGUGAAACUUGUGGCAUAAUUGUUGAGCACGAUGUCACAAUGGAUGAAGUGACAAUUCAAAUACAGUCUGCUUCGCCUAAUGAGGCACCAUAUGAAUUGGUUAAGAAAUUGGAAGAAGUUCGUUUAUCAGAAUCACGUCGCUCGCCACGUUUGGCUGAUCAAGAGCGCGAUACAGAUUUUGCACGUCUUGCAGAUAUGGCCGGCGAUCGACGUCGUUCAUCAUCACAUAGCAUUGACGUUCCAAUGCAAUUUACGCAAAAUGGCUCGCGUAAGCGUCGAACAUCCUACACACAGGACGAACGUGAAUACUUAUUGGAUGGUGAUGAUAUGGAUGAGUGUAAUGCAGCAUUGGUAUUAAUGAGUCUUUCAUGUUCACCUAAUUCGCCACGUCAAGCAUGGGAGAGCGCUAUAUUUGGUACUAGCCCUGGAGAUAGCAUUCAAUCAUCAUCAUAUAGUGGAUCAUCAUCACCACCAUUAAGUGAUGAUGGUAAUGUCAGCAGUAGUAGCAUGAGUAGCAAUGAACAAAAGUACAUCAUCAAACAAAAUCUUCACAAAUUGAAAAUCAAUCAGCACAAUGUUAAAGUUCAUAUACGACGUGGCCAACGUACAACUUCAUUAUCAGCAUCCGAUGAAGGUAUCGUCAUGGAUUAUGGCGAGGAGAUGGCACGCAAACGACGAACUCGAUUAUUCAAAUGCACAUGGAAAAAUUGCGGUUCAACUUUCGCAACCGAUCAACAAGUGAAAUCACAUGUUCGCACUGUACAUCUUGGACCAAAAAAUAAUGACGAUGAAGACUUCUACUUUACGGAUUUGGAAGAUGAGGAUGAGGCAAUUGAAACAGACACAAAUACAACAUCAUCACCGCCAUUGCCACCGACAUUAUCACACAGUGAUAUGGCAAGACCACCACAUGAGGAUCCAGAAUAUCAACGAAAAAUUGUCGGAAACAUUCGUCAAGGACUUUUGAUGUCUUCCGGAUCAGCUAAUGGACAGAGUAGUUUUGCAAAAUCGGGUCCAAUAACUUCAGGAAGCAAUACAGUUAUUCACAAUUAUGCAUGGUCACAGACAAGUCCGACAUCACCACAAAAGCAUGUAAAACUGUCACCAAGGCCGUCCACAUCAUAUGCACCAUAUACUUUGCCAUCCAGCACAUACUCUUCAUCAAAUUAUCCCGUUUUGGUGCAACAAUAUCAUUCAUUGUCUUCAUCAUCAUCUCAAGCAUCAAUUACAAAAUUAUCACAUAGUUCGCCACCUCAAUUGCCACCACCACCACAACAGCAACACACGCCAGUGAUACAGACAACAGGCAAGUGUAUCAAUCAAUCGGGAAUCGCUAAGAUGCGUCCACCGGGUAUGUCAACGCCACUUCAAAGACGAACACGCGGGGAGAAUAAGAAGUGCCGAAAAGUUUAUGGCAUGGAUAAUCGUGAUUCAUGGUGUACACAAUGCAAAUGGAAGAAGGCAUGUAGUCGUUUUGGUGACUGAAAAUUACUGAAUAAGCAACAUGUGCUGCCCCCUAAAAUUAUAAUGAAUAAUAAUAAUAUUAAUAAUAAUAAUAA